CAAGUCCCCCCGCGUCUUUGGAAGGGAGUGUCAGCAGUUUCAACGUCCUGGGGAGACCGAAUCGCUUGGUGUUUGAGUGUUUUUGGAUUCCCUGAACGUGGCAGAGCUUCCUCGCCACAGGGCGUCCUCCCAACUGCUGGCUGCUGAUUGCUGACCCUCCGGAUUGGGUAUGAGAAUCGCCUGGUCCCAGUGCAUGCACUGUGACAUGAGUAUUGAUAAGGUCCCGGCCAGCUUCGUCCUCGUUACUUCACGCUACAUGAUGACCUUCGAUGUAUAACAGGCCCUCAUUGACCAGAAUUCAGAAUGGAGCCCACAAUUCAACAGGCAUCGCAUCCCGAACCUCGGAAGAGUCAUCACAAGUCUGUUCGGGUUGCCUUUGGUCCGGAUCUAGAAACACACAUUCCCCCGCGUGACAGAUCCCCCGCUCCUGUUCCAGGACACCACCGAUCAUUUACUACCGUGGAGCACAAACAGACUCCCGUUAUCACCCCCGAACGACCGACUAGCUCGUCUGCAGGCGAGAACCCGCUGAUCAUCGAGAACAAUGGCCGACUGACUUCGGAUCGAUCGUCGGAUUCUGCAAGACCGAUUGCGACCCUGAAGAGGGCCCGCAGCGACUAUGGGCCCCGAGUAGGGCUUGAUAAAGCCAUUGCUGGGGAUGAGGAAGAGGACAUUGCCAUGAGACAUGGAUGGCAGGAGGAAUAUACCUCGAGCGAGUACCUGAAAGUCCUGCACUCGAAUUUCUAUAUGUAUUUCACAGAGAAGCGCCACGAGACGAACGGUAUCCCUAGGGAUCCGGUCGGAAGCUGGCCCAGCCAAGACUGGCGCAUGAAGGACCGCCUGAAGACCGUCUCCGCGGCGCUAGCCAUCUGCCUGAAUAUUGGCGUCGACCCGCCCGAUGUGGUCAAGACGAACCCGACAGCUAAGUUGGAAUGCUGGGUCGAUCCCACGUCUACUACCGGCGGUGGUCACAACAAGAUCAUGGAGCAGAUCGGAAAGAAACUGCAGGAGCAAUAUGAGACACUUAGCUUAAGAACUAGGUACAAGCAAUAUCUUGACCCCUCUGUCGAUGAGACGAAGAAGUUUUGCAUUUCUCUACGCCGUAACGCCAAGGACGAGCGGGUGCUGUUCCAUUACAACGGCCAUGGUGUACCUCUCCCUACUCAGUCGGGUGAGAUUUGGGUCUUCAACAAGAAUUACACUCAGUACAUUCCGGUAUCCCUCUACGACUUGCAGUCCUGGCUCGCAGGACCUAGCCUGUUUGUCUUCGACGUAUCGCAUGCAGGGAAUAUUGUGUCGAACUUUCACACCUUUGUCGAGAAACAUGAGAAGGAGAACGCAGAGGCGAAGAAGCGGGAUCCAAAUGCCAUCGUUCAAAACUACGGGGACUGUAUCAUCCUCGCAGCAUGUCAGAAGACAGAGUCGCUCCCCACUAACCCCGAUCUCCCAGCGGAUAUCUUCACUUGUUGCUUGACUACGCCUAUUGAGAUUGCCCUGCGUUUCUUCAUCCUCCAAAAUCCCCUGCAGACGAAUAUCUCAAUUGACGAGUUCAGAGUGCCAGGCCGCUUACAGGACCGGAGAAGCCCACUUGGAGAGCUGAACUGGAUCUUUACUGCGAUCACGGACACUAUCGCCUGGAACACAUUGCCACGGGCGCUGUUCAAGAAGCUCUUCCGUCAAGAUCUCAUGGUCGCUGCUUUGUUUAGAAAUUUCCUGCUCGCCGAGCGUAUCAUGCGAACAUACAAGUGCCAUCCUAUUUCAUCUCCUGAGCUUCCAGAGACCCAUCAUCACCCGCUGUGGAAGAGCUGGGAUUUGGCAGUUGAAAUGGUCUUGUCACAAUUACCAGCUCUCAUUGACCACGAGGAGGGCCGCAGGCAAUAUGAGUAUCAGCAUUCAACAUUCUUUGCCGAGCAGCUUACCGCUUUUGAGGUUUACUUGUCGUCAGGUCCAACGGAAAAGAAUCCCCCGGAUCAACUUCCGAUUGUGCUACAGGUCCUUCUCAGUCAAGCGCAUCGACUCAGGGCGCUGAUAUUGCUUAGCAAAUUCCUGGAUCUAGGACCUUGGGCUGUCCAUCUGGCUCUGAGCAUCGGGAUAUUCCCAUAUGUCGUAAAGCUCCUGCAGUCCGCCGCCCAAGAACUGAAGCCUGUGAUGGUCUUCAUCUGGGCAAGGAUCAUGGCCGUCGAUCAUACAGUCCAGAACGAUUUGUUGAAGGACAACGGAAUCCAUUACUUCAUUUCCAUCCUCAACCCUUCCUCGCCAAUUCCCGUGGGCAAUGCUAGCGAACAUCGAGCGAUGUGUGCGUUCAUUGUCUCGAUCUUUUGCAAGAAUUACCCUCAAGGCCAGAAUGUGUGCCUUUCUGCUGAGCUCUUUGACUCCUGCCUUAAGCACCUCAUGGAUGUUGAAAACCCACUGUUGCGGCAAUGGUCGUGUCUCUGUAUUAGCAUGUUGUGGUCUGACUUCCCUGAAGCCAAGUGGAUGGGCAUUCGUUGCGCUGCUCCUGCAAGGCUGUGCGAGCUUAAUUUCGAUCCGGUCCCCGAGGUCCGCGCUGCAAUGCUCCAUGCCGUAACGACUUUCUUGGGUAUCCCUGAUUUGACCGACCAGGUUGCCCAAAUAGAAGAGUCUCUGGCUAUGACGGUGCUACCUAUGGCAGCAGACGGCAGUGUCCUGGUGAGGAAAGAACUCCUGGUCUUCUUCUCAACGUUCGUGAGGCGCUACCAGAACAAGUUCUUGGUUGCUGCCUACGAGGAAUUUCAGGACGAGAAGCAGAACCUCCUGCUGAAACUGGAGCAAGAUGGCACUCGGAGUCUUUCCUUAGAGGAUGUGCCGAAUAUCUCAGCGAAUGGCUCCACGGAUCCCAACCAUAGGUCGCAGAUUUUGUCUCGGAAUACGACUUUUGGUACUAUUUGGAAACAACUACUAAUUCUUUCUGUUGAUCCCCAUCCUGACAUUGCCCAAGAUGCGGCCAUGGUGGUCGACUACAUCCACAUCUGUCUUCUUCAGUCCCCCAUGGCGACGCUAACCAACAAGAUUCGCAAUGAGAUUUUGGAUCUCUCGAGUCGUGUAUCCCAGAAGUAUCAGGUCCGAGAAAGGCCAGAGUCAAAGAAGACGGCGCCACCGCCGACUCCUCCUUCCGCUGCACCGCCGAAACAAGAAGGUUACCUUUCACUGAGCCUAAAACGAACGGCGAGUGUCGCUGCAUCGCUCAAGAAUUUGGCGUUCGGCAGUUCAUCCGCAGGCGAGGCGCAGUCGCAGCAAACGUCAACGGCCCCGAAAAGCCGAGUUCCCAUGACACCCAGAGGACGAGCCCCUCCCGAAUGGACGCGGCCCCCAGAGGUCAACGACCAAGUCGCUCCCGCGACUGCGUAUCACCAGGCCCCGACCCCUACUUCACGAGGCUUUGAACCCAGAGAUCCCACUGCUGUCCCGACGAUCCCCUUGAUGAGCAGGUUCCUAGAUUGGUCCACAGAGUACUUCCGGGAACCCCAGAUGAAACCCAAUGAGCCCGACGAGCCCGGUAGUGCGGAUUACAACGAACGCCUUUGGAGACGGAGUCGCAACGAAAAGAUCAUUUCGGAGACUCAACCCCUGAAGGGAGUAGCCGGCAGUAGCCGAUGGGAUAACUCAUUGUCUCUCUUAUCUAACAGCAGUCAGCCCUUGAAGAUGUGCUUUCACCAGUUUGAGGAUCAUCUUGCAGUUGCGGACGACAGGGAUACGAUUGCGAUAUGGGACUGGCAGAGCCACAAACGUCUCAACCGCUUUUCUAAUGGCAACCCAGCAGGCUCGAAAAUCAACGAAGUGCGGUAUAUUAACGAAGAUGAUCAGGCACUCUUGAUGACAGGCUCCUCCGAUGGCGUACUGAAAGUGUUUAGGAACUAUGAGUCCGCCAAAAAGGUUGAGAUCGUUACGUCUUUCAGGGCCCUACCGGAACUGAUUCCAAGUAACCGGAAUGCCGGCCUAGUUCUCGACUGGCAGCAGGGUCAGGGCAAAGCGUUGGUCGCAGGAGACGUCAAGGUUAUUCGGGUGUGGAACGCAGCCACCGAAGUGUGCACUAACGAUAUUCCCGCAAGGUCCGGCUCGUGUAUCACUUCUUUGACGUCGGAUCAGGUUGCAGGAAAUAUCUUCGUGGCAGGAUUUGGCGAUGGCGCUGUUCGAGUGUUUGAUCAGCGUCUCAAGCCGACAACCUCCAUGGUUAAGGUCUGGCGCGAGCACAAGCAGUGGAUUACCAACGUCCAUAUGCAACGCGGUGGAUUGAGAGAACUGGUGUCUGGUAGCCGAAAUGGCGAGAUUCGACUAUGGGAUCUUCGAAUGGACACGCCUUUUUCAACGUUUUCGGCGACUAAGGAUACGCUUCGCACAUUGAGCGUGCAUGAACACGCCCCUGUGUUCAUGGUGGGUACCAACCGACACGAAGUCAAGACGUUCAACGUCAAUGGUACAUAUCUAUCCACCUUCGAGCCGUACUCGAGCUUCCUUCACCACAACCGAUCUUCCCCGAUUGCCAGCACGGCCUUCCACCCUCACCGCACCCUGCUGGCGUGUGCUGCCCUCAACGACAACCACAUCAACCUCGUGAACUGCUAGUUCAUUUUCUAUCCUUCUUCAUGGCCAUUCCAUCCCACCCUUAUACCACUCGUAGCAAAUUUCGGCGCCUGGAAUUUUGUCCUUCCGGGCCAUGUUCGAUUCGAACUGUUUUAUUCCUUCUGAUCUUCAACCUAACACCUUUUAAUGGCAAUCAUGAAGCAUCACUUUCUGGCGUAGGUCGGCUAGCUUUCUGCGUUGGCGCUAGGAAAUUCUUUUUCGUUUCCGUUAUUAUCAUAUGGUAUUGUUUUUUAUUUUUCUUUUUCUUGUCUUCACACUUUGACCGUGUCGCUUGUAUAUGGAUGGACAUAGCUGUGCAGGCAGACCAAGCUUUUAAUUCAUCAGUUAUACCCAGUGUUGGGAGAAGAA